GUCUGUGGUCAUCAGGACAUCGUUUGAACGUUGGCCUUGAAGGUGUUUUUUGGUGCCCGCCAGAGGACGGUUGUUGGGUAACUAGCCUUGGGCAUUUGUCUGGGAUUCACGGCAACGCAACACGCACGCAAUAGGUUUAAAGGAUUCUCUGAACGUGGGCGUGAUAAUUAGUUGGGAUUAAGGAGUCGGGCCAAAAUUGCAUUAUAAGCGCCGUCUCAAGCCUCGACUUCCCCGUUUCUGCCUAUCCAAAACGUCGACACAAGAUGGAAAAUUCGCCAAGGGUGUCACGGAGCUCUUCGUCCGCUUGCUGUUCGGACGGCCACCCCCUUAGUCGAUCCACUUCCGCGGCAGAGUCAAGCCUGGUGUGCUCGGAGGAGGACCUUGAGGACAUAUACUUGGAUCAGGAGUACUCCCUUUCCACCGAGGCGCUGGAAGUCCGGGAGUGCGGAGUUCUUAGCGGCCGGGCUCGUCCAUUGUCUCUUGAACCAGAUGUGAAAGGGUCCAGCAUACCUUUUAUCAUAAGGGAUGACCUCCGCAAGCAGUGCGAGCUCGAUCACGAGCGUGCGACCGCUCGUGCCUCUCUUUCUCGCCGUCUUCCUGCCGUCCAUCGAGCGCGCAUCGUUGGGUGGAUGCGUCAGGUUUCCGAUGCCCUGGGCCUGCACGCGGCCACCCUGUUCGCAGCCACUUCACUGCUGGACCGCUUCGUGGGCUCGGUUCCGGAGCUGCCGCCCGACACGCUGCUGCAGCUGCUGGCGCUGGCGGCCAUGGCAGUGGGGGUCAAGUACGAGGAGGUGGCUCAGGUCCCGUCCGCUGUCUGGCUGAGCCUGGCCAUCGACUUAAACGGCAAGCGGCUUUACAAUCCUGCCGACCUUCAACGCAUGGAGUGGGUGCUGCUGCAAGCCGUCGAUUGGCGCCUACACACGCCCAACACCCUCACCUUCCUCACACACUUCCUCGCCUGCAUGCAAGCACCAACAGCAGCGGCCACCACCGCAACCACCACUCCUGCAGCCGAGGUGGCCGCACCCUCCAUCCAGGAUCAGUACGUAUCUGCUGGCGGCAAUGGUGCUGAGCAGUUGUCAGCUGGCGACUACGCUAACCUGGACGGCUUGUCUCCCCGCGGUGCCGCCUCCGCUGCUGCCGCCGCCGAGGCUCUGGGGCUGCUGUGGUGGCGGCCGGUGGCGGACAUGGCGAUGACGCUGGCGGAGACGUCGCUCAUGCACGAGACCUUCCUGUCGUACGAACACAGCACCGUCGCUCUGGCCUGUGUCGUACUGGCGGAGCACAAGCUGUGCCCUCUGCCCGCCGCUGCCCGCUUGCUGCCGGCGUGCACGCGGGCGGUUGCGGCGGUGUGCGGCGCCUCGGGCCUGACUCUGCCGCAGCUCGCCCCCGGGCUGGAGGGCUGCGUGGAGGCGCUGGACAGGUGCUACGGAUUGCUGGGGAGCAGCGGCACUCUUAUGAAGGCCUAAGGACACCAACAAGAAUGGGGAUGCAGCAGAGGCUGCUGCUGCUACUGCAAAUCUAGCUACAAGUAGUUCCGAGGCCGAGGCCGAGGCUCAGAGGGUCGCGGGACUUGGCUACGCGAACCAAGCCCAGCCACACAUGUGGGCGCUGGAAGCAGAAGCCCCUUCCAGGCCUCCUACGCGGCGGCUUCUCAAUGGCGAAUAGCCUCGCAGCUGAGGCAUUAUGUUUUGGACCUGCGCAGAACCAGUUUUACAACUUCGUUUUGGCUCUGCUGUGCCGGCAGUUAUUAAUGCUUGUUUGCCCGAGACGUAACUGCGGGCCAGGUCUGGUUAUUCAUGGCGGCGGUUGGUCAUCAGGUCUUGCUGGGAAGAUCAUACAUGGGGAAAGCAUUCUUCUAUACGUUGUUCAGUUGCGUGUGUGGUUCCCGAGUUCCGUCCUGAUGCAUUUUGAAGGUUGGGCCUGCUUUUCCAUGAUGCGCUGGUGCGGAGGGGUCUGACGCGGACCCCCCCUCGCUUGCCGCUUGCGAGGCAGUGUGGUUUUGUGUGGGUGUGGCGAAUGCACAUUGCGUCGUCGUACUCGCGUAAAACCUCACCUGUUAGCGAGGGGCAGGCGUCCUGCGCGUAGAGUUAGGUUUUCAAAGGAAUGCCCGCGCUUGAAGGAGAUGUUUCACUUUCAUUUUCUUCACCCAUGGAGGUUAGGUAGUAAUGCGUGCGCACUCAUGAGGGCAGCAGAGGAAUGGUUGGUGGUAGGGUGCGCGCUCCUUUCUCAGAACUAGGCCACACUGCCGGUCGGGCGGUUUCUGAAAACACAUCUAUGGCAGUAUACGUUUUGCGUACGUUUGUUAAGUUUUUGCCUGCGCGUAUGCGUUCAUGUGUGUUAAGAAAACUGUGUGUGUGUGUUCGUGUGUGUGUGUGUGUGUGUGUGUUAAAAGAACUGGCCGCGAGGUGUGUGUGUGUUAAAAUAACUGGCACUGUGUGUGUGUGUGUGCGUAACCUAUCAAGUGGCUACGGGUAGUAACGUAGGCGUGUAUGGCUGAUGUAUCGAUUGGGCGACAAGAAUUGGAUCCUCUUUUAUAUCAGCGCUGCACACAUAUGGAUGUACCUCAUAACCUUUUUACUGCUACACCACCAUUACCGCGUAGACACAUGCCUGAACCCGACAUUGGGUCUCAUGGCACGACAUCGCAGGGUACUUUACGUAAUUACAUGCCUUACGGAUUGAAGACGGUCGUGAUUGUCGGUUUUGGUAACGCAUGCUUGUUUGGAUUUGGGAUAGUGGGCCGCAUGCUUGACUAUGAGGUUAGCGCCCGGCUUGACGCGACUACCUGCCUGUGCUGUUGGACAGACGUGGUGGAAAGCCAAUGCUGAUGUGUGAACGGGCUCUGUGGCUUUGCGCGCACGUUAGACUCAGCAGAGUUAUGCUCCUGUUCUACGUCUAGGCCCGAAGCAAAAGCCAAUGCUCAAUGGGUCACUGAAUAUACCCCUCCGGGGUAGGAACCCUGUUGAUUAUGUGAUCCGCCAUUAGGCGUGAUGAGGGUGGUUGCGUUACCCUGUUGCUUGUCCUGUUGUGUUUGUUGCGAUGCUGUGUUGAAGCGUUCGUCCAUACUGUAUGAAGUCUAAUAGUGAAUGCGUUUGGUGGGUUGUUGUCAGGGCGGGAGGGGGGCAGGGGUGAGGGCGAGGGGUGCUGUCUCCCUCGUUAUGUGCCGGUUCUUAAGUAUGCGCUCACACUGGGGCCGGGAGUCUCAGCUGCGCUAGAGUUUGCUUACAUGCUGUGUCCCAAGCGCCCGAACCUCACCCCCAAUCCUACGAAAAGCCAUUGCACUUACAAGCUAUGAUAAACCAGUGCCCCACUCCCAACCCCCUCAUGAGGUGCGUCUGGGGUUGCGUAGUAUGGGGGUAUUGCUGAAAGCGGUUGGGGUGAAGAUUGUGCCUUUUUCUUGCCUGUCUGUGGCUGUUGUGUUGAGAUAUCGUGGCAUGCGUGGUGGCGAGGCCCCGCGGGUGAGCCCGCGUGUGGUGGCCUUGCAGUGCACCCGCGCUUCCUUUUGUCGGUGUGUCUCUUGAGGCGUCUGUGUGUCUUUUGGGGCGCGUGCUUUCACAUCGCACCACAGCACUCGGCGCUAGUCUCUUCCUACUCUUGGGCGGUUCUUGGCGAAAGGGUGCUUAACCUUUGGCGCAACAUAAACACAUUCGGGCCGGCAUACAUGCUGUUGCUGCUGCCUGUGGUGGGGUUGUGUUGCGAGUUUUCUGUUGUCAAUUGCGUUGUCGGCGUGCCACUGCUGUCAGUUGUGGUGAUGCCAAGUUGGUGUUUGCCUGUUGAGUCCAUUGAGAGGCUCGGUGGUGGCUAUGUGGGGAGCGGUGCAUGGAGUUGAGGCCGGUGUUUGGUGCCGGCUAGAACCCAAGUUGGGUUUAACAUGGUUACAUAAGAUUGGAGGGCUAGUGGACUUGGGCAGUUGGGUGUUGGUCCGGCUUACUAGUAACGUGUGCCUCGGGGUAUAUCGCCGGGACUCGCGCUUUGUUGUGCUAUGGGGGGUUGGUUCAACAUAUACAGCCUUAGUGGUGCGUACUUCAUGCUCCGGCUUAUGGAUGUCUAUCCUUGCAGGUUUUUUCGUGUUUUAUAUGCAUGAGACUUGGCUUGGGGGGAAUGCCUACUAGAGGCGAAGCGCAGAAGUGACAGACAGGUGUAGUUAGGAAAUGGUCAGGCAGUUAGGUCAAGCAAACAGCGAUAGGUCAGGUAGCAUUAGCUUCAGACAGGUUAGGAGCAGCAGUUAGGAGCAGACAUUGCAAGUGGGUGCUGGCAUUGAAGCGGUGUUGUUGCUGUUCGUUUUGGGGUUGUUGUUGUGGUGCAGUUGCCAUGUGACAGUGGGCGAGGAAGAUGGCGGUUCUGUAAUUUCGGUGGUCCGUCCGAUGUCAGGUGAAGGGUGGAGUUUUCUAUUGAGGCUUGGAGCCAGCACAUUGUUGGAGCUUGCAUAAACACCUUAUGUACGUGUCAAGGCAGUGGGUAAGGAGGGUGUAAGCUUAUGUUUCAACGCGCACAUGCUCUCCGCGCAAUAGGAGGACGCGUUUGGAUGAGUUUUGCUGAAGUUGAAAGGGAUAUGUACAUGGAUUGCACUGUCGCCUUGUAUCCUCGAAGCGUUGUUGCAGCCGUUGGAUAGUUGCUGUCCCAGCCUUCGCCGUUUUGGAGGAGGGGUGCUUUAAGUGUACGUUACCUUGAGAAAAGGGGAUGUCCCUUUCAGACGCCCUUAAAUCAACGGAGGGGUUGAGGCCAGGUUGGCAGGCGGGCGAGGCAUGAGUACGACACUCGCUGGUGUUUGGGCGUCCUAAGGGGAAAAGCACUGGCUAGGCUCAGGCGUGCAAAUUGUGUGGCGUGGAAACGUGUUUUUCAGUUCAGGUAGAGCAGAAAAAUCCAGUAUUGGGCGAGUGAUUAAUAGUCCAGAUCAGGUUGUGCAUUUCAGUUCAGAGAUCAGGUAGAGCAGAAAUUCAGGUAUCAAUAUUAGGCGCGUGGUUGUUAGUUUCAGGUCAGAAUCUAGAUAUGCUAACAGAUGGGCGCGCUCGUGCAUGUAGAUAGGUAGUUAGGUCAUAAUUCUCAUAAGCGUUGCACAUGAGUUCUUUUGGUGCGGCAGCCUGUUACCUGGAGAAGGCGCUGCUUUCUUUGAAAUUAGAUAUUCGGCAUCAUCAUGGUCUCCGCCAGGGAGAGGGCGUGUUUGCUUUUUCGAGAGCCAGAUUAUGAGGGCUAACUUUCCUGCCCUUUGAUUUUUUUGCUGUGGCUGACUAAGAGCCCCCUUGUUGCCUGUUGCUGCAUCGAGAAUGUGCAUGAAUUGUGAGAAGUUAAGAGCCUGUAGGCUAAGAACGUUGGAGACAUAAUAACGUUGCACUCUGUUCUGCCAAUUGGGUCUGAUGCCAG